AUGGAUUACUUAACUGCCAGUAGUCAGGAAGGAAAAUUCUUGGCGGAGGAGCCUUAUGAGUGGCACAAGAAUGGUCUCAGUGAAGAUGGCGCAAUCAAUAUGGAGGCUCCGAGAAAGUGGCGGCUAUUAAAAGAAAAAACAGGUCAUGGCGCCUUCUAUGGAAUGCGUAUUGUUGUAUACGGCGAUUGCAUUGCUCCGCCUUUGGAAACUCUGAAACGUGUCAUCAAAGCUGGCGAUGGAACAAUAUUAGCAACUUCUCCUCCUUAUACUCGCUUCCUGGGUACCGGAAUCGACUAUGCUGUAGUUAGCCCUGGCAUGCCACGUGUUGAUAUGUGGGUCCAAGAGUUCUUAAAACAUGAGAUACCUUGUGUUGUAGCGGACUAUUUGGUGGAGUAUGUUUGCAAGGCCGGGUUCUCCUUGGAGAGACAUGUAUUAUAUGGCACUCAUGCUUGGGCAGAGAGAUCAUUUGAUGAACUUAAAAGCAGGGCAGAAGAGAUUGAUGAAGAACUCGAUGCUCCUGAUGCCUCUAGUGAUGAUGAUGAUGUAGUUUGCCAAGUGUGUGGAUCCGGCGACAGAGGGGAUGUAAUGUUGAUUUGUAGUGAUGAAAGUGGUUCUUUGGGCUGUGGAGUGGGUACCCACAUCGAUUGCUGCGAUCCUCCACUAACAGAUGUCCCUGAGGAGGACUGGUUUUGUUCGAAAUGCAGUACCACCCGAAACUCCGCAAACAAUCCCAUUAAAAAGAAAAAGAGUUUUUUAUCUUCAUCAAUGACCAAGUGA